CCCAAGCACAACCGGGCAAACUUACAAACCUCGGGACAGUCGGCCGCUUAGCCACACACAGCCAUUGACCGGCGACUCGCACGAAGAAGCGCGCGCAGGUGAGUCUCCCCCAAACCAUCGGACAAUCAAGCCCUCUGCGGUCGCCCGCCGCGCGAGCAGCAUCCGCAGCAGCAGCGAUGGAGGCGGAGGGCGUGCGGCACCGGACGGUGGAGGUGGCACGCGGGGUGCGGCUGCACGUGGCGGAGUCGGGGCCCGAGGACGGCCCCGCGGUGUUGCUCCUGCACGGCUUCCCGGACCUCUGGUACGGCUGGCGCCACCAGAUGGCCGCCCUGGCGGCCCGGGGCUUCCGCGCCGUCGCGCCCGACCUGCGCGGCUACGGCGACUCCGAUGCCCCGCCCGACGCGGGCUCCUACACCACCUUCCACGUCGUCGGCGACCUCGUCGCCCUCAUCGCCGACCUGGCCCAGCCCCAGGUGUUCGUGGCGGGGCACGACUGGGGCGCCAUCGUGGCGUGGCAGCUCUGCCUGCUCCGGCCGGACCUCGUGCGGGCGCUCGUGAACCUCAGCGUGGUGUACCACCCGCGCCGGUCCGAGGGGAGCCCACUCGAGGCCGUCAGGGCCCUGUGCGGGGAAGACCACUACAUGUGCCACUUCCAGGUGAAAAACGACCCUUUCAUCCCUCCUGUCAUGAUCGUGGCAGACAGAAUCAAUGAAACAGUUGGAUUGCACAUACGAAUUACAAAAUUAUGCCUGCAGAAGCCUGGAGUUGCUGAAGCUGAAUUUGCUCUGCCAGACAUGAGGCAUCUGUUUAAGAAGGUUUUGGGAAUGCGCAAGGCAGCUCCACUUAUUCUACCCAAAGACAAGACCUUCUUUGACUCACUUGAUUCAGAUGGUACUUGCCCUGCAUGGCUCUCAGAAGAAGAUAUUUCCUACUACGCAGACAAAUUUGAGAAGACAGGUUUUACAGGAGGGUUUAACUACUACAGAUGCAUGGACAAGAACUGGGAGCUCUCCGCACCAUGGACUGGAGCUCCAAUAAAAGUUCCAACAAAAUUCAUUGUUGGGGACCUGGAUCUUACAUAUAACACACCAGGGGUGAAAGACUACAUUCACAAGGGUGGCUUGAAGGCAAUGGUGCCGAAUCUGGAGGAUUUGGUUAUCAUGGAGGGAGUGGGCCACUUCAUCAACCAGGAGAAGCCUAACGAGGUCUCAGAUCACAUUUGUGAGUUCUUUAGCAAGUUCUGAACUUCUGAUAUAAGAGAAAUCUCGUGGAGCCUAGUGCUUCGGUGGCGCUUAUAUAGUUGUAUGUCAAGUUGCCAACUACAGUGCCACAAGAGUAAUAUUCUCUAAAUAAAAGUGUGAUCCGUUUUUGGAAGAAGAAUUUGUGUGGACUGUCAGAUUGUCUUCUUUUUUUUUCUCGAACAAGGUUGUCUUAUUUCUUCGGAGAGAUCAAAAUGUAACCAGUGAGCAGUAGUGAAAUAAAGAAUUGCUAGCUGAAA